AUGGAUCAAUGGUUAAAAACUGGUGCAAUAAAAAAACUAGACCAAGUUGGAGAAAAUAUUCAUUUAACAAGUAUUUCUCAAGACUUAGCUAAAGAUUUGGUAACAUACAGAAAAUACACAGUUUUCAGAGAUUUUGACUAUCCUAAACCUAAGUGUAUUGUGUGUGGUGAAGUAUUGGCGAAUAGCUGCAUGAAACCUUCUCUGCUCUUAAGACAUUUAGAAACAAAACAUGCCGAUUGUAAAAAUAAAGAAUGUGAUUUUUUUAAACGUUUAGCUAGAAGUAAUGAGAAUACGUCGAUUUCGACAUCAUAUAUAAAGCCAGCUAAUAAAGAUAACCAAAACGCGAUUAAAGCUAGUUAUCGUAUUGCACAAUGUGUGUAUGUUUGGAGAAGAGAACAUAAAAAGAUAAACAGUAUUCCUCUUUCAAAUAAUACAAUUUCUUGUCGAAUUCAGGAUAUGCCUGAAGAUAUUGAGUUGACAGUUAUAGAUAGAAUAAAAAACAGUAAAAUUUUCGCUAUUCAAGUUGAUGAAAGCUCUGAUGUUACCAAUUUCGCAGUUUUACUUGUUAUUGCAAGACUAUGUACCGAUGGUGGAAAGUCAAUGUCGGGUAUAUAUUCUGGUCUUCGAGGUCGCGUUAUGAAAAUAGUUCCUAAUAUAAACUGGAGUCAUUGUUGUAUUCAUCGACAGAGUUUAGUAUCUAAAAACCUUCCAGGGGAACAAAAACUCGUUCUUGAUGAAGCUGUUAAAUUAGUUAAUUUUAUAAAAGCAAGGUCUACAAAUUUGAGAAUAUUUAAAGCUUUAUGCGAAGACAUGAUGAGUCCUUAUUCAAGUUUACUUCUUCACACAGAAGUUAGAAAACAAUUGGAUUUCAAUGAAGAAUUCUUUCAAAAAGCUACAUCUUUAUCGAUCGUAGAAAAAGAAAACUUGAUAGAACUUCCAUGUGACACAACUUUAAAAAGUGAUUUCAAAAGAAAACAACUUAUUAAUUUUUGGGUAGAUAUUAGAAACGAAUAUGAGCGACUCUCUGACUAG